GUGUCUUUGGUCCAAAGUGAAGUCCUCGAAUGCCGAUCCCACCGUUGGAGACCAACAUUUACUCUUUGGCGUCGGGUCCCAUAAAGACAACCCCGUUGCAAUCUAUGCAAAGUUCAUUUUGCAGAACAAACAUGACAAAGCCUUGGGAUGCCGACGGCGAGAAGCCUGGAUCUCCAACGUCGAUGGAUAUACUAGUCCGGUGGCUGGGGACGCCAGACAAUUACAAGAAAUGGAAGUCUAAAGAGAGGCAGCCACUGCUCGAAGAAAUUUGCAGUGAUAUUAAGAAGCACGUAGCCACAAAGCGUUCGGAUAAAGCUGUCAGAUGCAAGAUCUUGAAACUGGAGAAGCAAUUCAAGGAUGCCACUACUUGGUUGAGCGGAAAGGGGCAGCUUGUAGCGUACACGGAUGGAAAAGCGAGUGAAGAUGUAGUGCAAGGUGUGCUACAGCGAUGCCCGCUCUAUAGUGAGCUUUCCACUGUAUUCCAGUCGAUGAACGCAGAUACCGAAGCUGAGACCAAACAUGGUGACGAAACGAAGAGUGUGAUGGACAAUGGAACUACGGAGGAAGAGCAGAAAUGUGCCAAGCUAUCCGUUACCCAAGGCGAUCAGAAGCGGAGUCAGGAUGCUGUCGACGAUAACCAGAUUUCGAAGAAACAGCGGAAGCAUAAAGCUCCGGAGCCUCAGCCAGCAUUGGUGCAGGAUAAUUUGCCAAGGGUGGAGAGAUCUGCCGGAGAAGUGAGAUCGAUUGGUGGCGAGAGAUCACUGGCACUCGCGGAGUUCAAAAGAGAGAGUGAAUCUCGCUGGAACGAGUAUUGCGGGGUUAGUAGGAGCCCUUGCUUGAGGGAAACCGGGGAAAGCUGGCUCAGCAGAUCCUCCAACGCGAGAUCGAGCACGUUGAUGCCAUGGCCAAGCUGCAGUUCGAAGCGGAGCAGAAACGACAGGAGCUGCAAACAACAUGUGCGAUAGUACUAUCGCGACACAAAUUACGAAUCGCGGGUGUGUCGGAAGAGGACGUGGACAGCAUGAUUCCCAAGUGACGAAACACGGUUCCGUUGCUUCCAAGUUUUUUUUUUUUUAGUUUUUGUAGUAUUUCGAGCAGUAUAUUCUAAUCGUGAAGACAAAAAAAAGCAGUUGCUUGCUAGUUUUUUC